CUCUAUCCCUUUCUGUCUCAUCGACCAGGUCGACUCUCUGCUGCUCCUGACUCUCCGGGCCGCUACCGUGCAGAGAAGUGCCCAGGCCAAACAAGCCGAGCGACGUGUUCAGCUGAUGCAACCUGGCUGGACUUGCGUGACGGUUCUCCGCACGCGGCUGCAGGAGCGAGGGAAGGGGAGCGGGUGCCGGCUGGACACACAAGCCAGUGACAGCGGAGCCAUGGGGGAUGCUCCGAGUACUGAGGAGAAGAUGCACCUUAUUACCCGCAACCUGCAGGAGGUUCUAGGAGAAGACAAGCUGAAGGAGAUACUGAAGGAGCGCGAACUUAAAGUUUACUGGGGAACGGCAACCACAGGCAAGCCACAUGUGGCUUACUUUGUGCCUAUGUCCAAGAUCGCAGACUUCCUAAAGGCAGGAUGUGAGGUAACAGUUCUGUUUGCGGAUCUUCAUGCGUACCUGGAUAACAUGAAAGCCCCAUGGGAACUUCUAGAACUCAGAACCAGCUACUAUGAGAAUGUGAUCAAGGCAAUGCUGGAGAGCAUUGGUGUGCCCUUGGAGAAACUCAAGUUUGUUAAAGGCACUGAUUACCAGCUCAGCAAGGAGUACACGCUAGAUGUAUACAGGCUCUCCUCCUUGGUCACCCAGCAUGACGCCAAGAAGGCAGGAGCGGAGGUGGUGAAGCAGGUGGAGCACCCUCUGCUGAGUGGUCUACUCUACCCCGAACUGCAGGCCUUGGAUGAAGAGUAUUUGAAAGUAGAUGCCCAAUUUGGAGGCAUUGAUCAGAGAAAGAUUUUCACCUUUGCAGAAAAGUACCUCCCUGCACUGGGCUACUCCAAAAGGGUCCAUAUGAUGAAUCCGAUGGUCCCAGGAUUAACUGGAGGCAAAAUGAGCUCUUCAGAAGAGGAGUCCAAGAUUGAUCUUCUUGAUCGGAAGGAGGAAGUGAGGAAAAAACUGAAGAAGGCCUUCUGUGAGCCAGGGAAUGUGGAGAACAAUGGGGUUCUGUCCUUCAUCAAACAUGUCCUCUUUCCCCUCAAGUCAGAGUUUGUAAUCCUUCGAGAUGAGAAAUGGGGCGGAAACAAAACCUACACAGCUUACUUGGACCUGGAAAAGGACUUUGCUGAUGAGAUUGUACACCCUGGAGACUUAAAGAAUUCUGUUGAAGUCGCCCUAAACAAGUUGCUGGAUCCCAUCCGGGAAAAGUUUAACACCCCUGCACUGAAGAAACUAGCCAGCGCUGCCUAUCCAGAUCCCUCAAAGCAGAAGCCAAUGGCCAAAGGUCCUGCCAAGAAUUCAGAACCAGAGGAGGUUAUCCCAUCCCGGCUGGAUGUCCGUGUGGGGAAAGUCAUCAGUGUGGAAAAGCACCCAGAUGCAGACAGCCUGUAUGUGGAGAAGAUUGAUGUGGGGGAAGCGGAACCACGGACUGUGGUGAGCGGCCUGGUGCAGUUUGUGCCCAGGGAGGAACUGCAGGACAGACUGGUGGUGCUGUUGUGCAAUCUGAAACCCCAGAAGAUGAGAGGAGUCGAGUCCCAAGGCAUGCUUCUGUGUGCUUCUAUAGAAGGGGUAAACCGCAAGGUUGAACCUCUGGACCCUCCUGCAGGCUCUGCUCCUGGAGAGCGAGUGUUUGUGAAGGGCUAUGAGAAGGGCCAACCAGACGAGGAGCUCAAGCCCAAAAAGAAAGUCUUUGAGAAGUUGCAGGCUGACUUUAAAAUUUCUGAGGACUGCAUUGCACAGUGGAAGCAAACCAACUUCAUGACCAAGCUGGGGUACAUCUCCUGUAAAUCGCUGAAAGGGGGGAACAUUAGCUAGCCAGCCCAGCUUCCUCAUCCUUCCAUCACUCCCAGUUGUCUGCUGUCUCCUCAGUCUGCUCUGUCCAUCACCCAUGUACCUGUGUCCCAGGACUCUGAAGCAGGUUUGGGACUCUGUAGGAACCAGCUCACCCUCCCCAGAAUCCGGGAUCAUCAGUCCAGCUGCCGUGAGAGGCUGGCCUCCCAGUUGGUAACGAGGGUGGGGAGCAGCGGCUGACAAGAAGUCUGGUUUCAGGAUAACUGACAGGGAAGAUUAUGCCACAAUCCUUCUAAUUGGAAAAAUACUGGUUUCCAGGUUUUCCUGGAGUUAUCCCAGCAGUUCUGCCUCUGGGCUGGGCUAAUUACAACUUCUCCCCAAUAGGAAAUUUAGAGAUUUCAAAGGGAAAGGGAAAGGGAAACAGAGAACCUUGUGGUCUCCCAAGUGGUUG